ACUAGUAAAGUCUAGUCCUAUUCUCAUUUCUCAGUUUUUGCUAAAAGAAGCUGACCCCAUUGUUUAGAUCAGAGAUAGUAGAUCUAGACUUUCGUCCAGCUUCCAAUUGGCAACCCUUGAAGACUGCAGAGAUCACCGGAUCAGAGAGAUGUCUAACUAUUUUAAGAUCUCUGACAAGAACCAUUUCUCUCAGAAAAGGGAUAGAGAAUCACUAGAUUUAAUGCCAGAUGACUUAGCAACCAAAGUAAAGGAUGAGAAGCGGCUUCCACUGUGGAGGAAACUAGGCUAUGCUAUGGGCUCUAUGCCAUAUGCAAUGUGCAAUACUGUGAUUGGCUUUUACUUCACCUAUUUUCUACUUGAAGCAGCUCUGAUGGAUGCUACCUAUGUGUUGGUAAUAAUAUUGCUGGGAAGAGUUUGGGAUGCCAUAUCUGAUCCUUUAUGUGGCUAUUUCUGUUCUAGGACUAAGACAAGAUUCGGACAAUUUAGACCAUGGUUGUUGAUUUCAGCAGUCCCUGCAGCAUUGGUCUACUUUGGUUUGUGGUUCGUUCCCAAUUUUAGCUCAAGUGCAUUGACAUUCAUUUAUUACCUUAUCAUGUAUUUACUGUUCCAGACAAUGCUGACUUGUGUUCAUGUACCAUAUACUGCACUAACAAUGCACAUGUCUUACUCUCAAAAAGAAAUAGACUCGGUUACAUUUUAUAGAGUUGCAUUUGAGACAAUUGCUACCUUGCUGGGUGUAACAGUCUACACUAUAUCGUAUGCAAUAUUUGCACAUGAAUCUAGUGAAGACUGUACUGGCACUAAAACAAAGGAUAGUAAUUUGGUGAAAGCAUUCAGGUAUCAUGCAUUAUUCAUGAGUGUUCUGAUUGUAAUAAUGAUACUGACUACUUUCUUUACUGUCAAAGAACAAAAAGAGAUGACUGAUAAGAAGACAAAGAUAUCAUUAAGAGAAGCAAUGAAAGAGACCUGGUGUUUCAAACCAUACAGAGAACUAUUUUGUAUUGAGUUAUUCUCUUGGCUUGCAGUACAGUUCGGACAGGGAAAUCUUGCAUUUUAUAUCCAAUACAAUUUAGACCUUGGAAAUGAGUUACCAUAUUUUGUAUUCUAUUUAAUGGUAGUAAACAUCAUUGUGUUGCCUUUGUGGCAAUUGACUUUACAAAAAUUUGGAAAAAAGACUGCAUUUCACGUAGCAGCAUGGUUUCUGUUGCCGUCUUACCUUUCAUUCCUAUUCAUUGAUUAUUAUCCUCACCUUAUUUGGAUUGUUGGAUUCAUUCAAGGUUCUGGCGCUUCAGCAAUCUACAUGUUACCAUGGUCAAUGAUUCCUGAUGUAGUUGAUUAUGCAUCAUUGCAUAGUGGGAUAAGAAGAGAGGAGUUGUAUUACUCAUUCUUUGUAUUUGGAAAUAAAUUUAGUUCAGGGAUUACACUAGGACUAUCCACUGGAAUAUACAAGUUAGCUAAUUAUAAUCAAUUGUCAUGCGAGCAGCCUUGGACUGCAACGUUACUAUUCAAAUUACUGGUCUCCACUCCUACUGUACUAUUCAUUUUGGUAACGUUAGUGUUUUUAUGGAGGUAUCCUAUCACAGAGAUGAAAAGAAUUGAAAUUAAAGAAAAGAUACUUAGUUUGAGAAAAGGAAUAAAAAUUCAGUCUGAGCAAGUUUACCAGUCAGUGGAACCAGUGAUCCUAAAGAUCAAAGAAAUAAAAUAGAAACUUAUGUGCAUAUCAAAGUGAAGAAACUCUUUUCAAUCACUAAAAAGCAAUGCAAGAAAAGACCACCAAACUGUCAAACCGUUCCUUGUCAUCAUAGUAACUACUAGAUGCACACUCAUUCAACUUUAUCAUUAAUUGUAUAGCAUAACAUUAUAUUUAUCUUAAAUGAUAAUACAUGCAUUA